AUGACCUUUCUCUUCAGGUUGUGUCCAUGUCUGCGCAAGGGCGGCGCAACCUCCGGCGACGACGGUGGCGACCACCACGACGAUCCCAACGGGCCCGGGGACUCCAUGGACCUGAUCUUCCCCCUCCACACUCUUCAACUCGCCACUAACUUCUUCUCCAACCUCAACCAGCUAGGUCAUGGAGGCUUUGGUCCCGUCUUCAAGGGAAUGAUGCCAAAUGGUCAAGAAGUAGCUGUUAAGAAGCUGUCAUUGGAAUCUAGACAAGGUGUUAAAGAAUUCACCAAUGAAGUCAUGCUAUUACUCAGAAUUCAGCACAAGAACUUGGUUACAUUACUUGGUUGCUGUGCAGAAGGGCCUGAAAAGAUGCUUGUCUAUGAGUAUCUACCUAACAAAAGUCUUGAUCACUUUCUAUUUGAUAAGAGAAAGUCUUCAUCCUUGGAUUGGGCAACACGAUUCAGAAUAGUUACUGGUGUGGCAAGAGGACUUCUCUACCUGCAUGAAGAAGCCCCAGAAAGAAUUAUUCAUAGGGACAUUAAAGCUAGUAACAUAUUGUUGGAUGAGAAGUUAAAUCCAAAAAUUUCAGACUUUGGUUUGGCAAAGCUAUUUCCUGGGGAGGACACUCAUCUGCUGACAUUUAGGAUUUCUGGUACACAUGGUUACAUGGCUCCUGAAUAUGCAUUGCGGGGAUAUCUGUCUGUGAAGACGGAUGUUUUCAGUUAUGGAGUCCUGGUGUUGGAAAUAGUUAGUGGGAGAAAAAACCAAGAUUUGCGACUGGGUUCAGAAAAAGCAGAUCUCUUGAGCUAUGCAUGGUCGCUCUAUCAAGGACGGAGGAUAAUGGACUUAAUUGAUCCAUCCCUCGGUAAAUACAAUGGUGAUGAGGCAGCCAUGUGCAUUCAACUAGGUUUAUUGUGCUGCCAAGCAAGCAUAAUUGAAAGACCUGACAUGAAUGCUGUUCAUCUCAUGCUCUCAAGUGAUUCCUUCACUUUGCCAAGACCAGGUAAACCAGGAAUUCAAGGUCGUACAGGACGUUGGACUACAACUACAUCAUCUGCUUUGACCAAUACCAAUACCAAUGCUAGUAGUGGUACCAGGGUCUCAGGUGGUAGUGGUAGUUUUGUAGAUGAUUAUUCUAGAAAUUCUAUAUCUACCUCUUCUUUUGAUGAAGGCAGAUGA